GAACCGCCACGUGUGGCUGAACGAUUCGAAGCUCCCAUGAAUUGUCGUUGACCAUCAACAACGUCGACGACGCGGUCGCAUCGGAGCUUCCUUUUCCAAUCCAACCCUCCAAUUAAUCGCUUCAUGCUUGCGCCCGCUCAUGGCCUCGGAUAACGGUCCCAUUGCGACCGAAGCCCCCCUCCUGGCAGCGACGACGCCGGUCGCAUCAGACACUUUCGCGCUUGGGGGAGAUCCUGCUCGUACCAAGUCGCUCAAGAGGGCGCGCGAGUCUACUCCUACUUCGCCCACGUCUGUUGUCGACCCUCCCGUCGAAGGCGCCGUUCCUCCUGUCGCUCCCUCCAUCGACUAUCCAUCCCCUACGAAGUCUGCUCGUUUUGGUUUGGCAUCGUCAAGACGCUCACCGACACCAUUGACAGCCGCCGCGGCGCUCGAAGCUCUCGAAGAAGAACGCAAACGCGAACAGCGUCUCAACCCGCCCGCCUCAAGCGACAACCCAGGCCAUUCAGUCCUUUCCGUACUGGCCGGUAGCGUUGCCGCCAUGAGUCGACCCGACGAAGCACCGCAAGCUCCAACGGCUGCCAUGGAGGUCACCACCAAGGCGCCCGAACCGGUGGUGUCAAUCCCUCAAGUCAGCCAUGCGCCCGCAGAACCUGCAGAGAUCAGUCCUGAAAGCGCAGCGAGCGCAGCGAGCGCAGCCAGUAUCGCAGGCGCUUUAGUGACGGCCAGUCCAGGUCCAAUGGAAGUUGAUCCGAAAAUGAGCGAGCAACCUCAACAGCCACAGCAUCAGCCCCAGCCGCCGCACCCGGCCCCGAUUCACGAUGAAAAGAAUACGCCCGGAUCACUUUCAUAUCCGGGUUCGCUCCAAGCCGCCGCCAUGAUGCCCGCACCACCGGCGCGCGGCAUGAGCUUUCCCAUGCCGUCGCCCCGUCACGAUUCUCCGACUCAAUCCGGCAAGAAGCACAAGUGCCCGUUUUGCGAGACGGAGUUCACGCGUCACCACAACCUCAAGAGCCAUCUGCUCACGCACAGCCAGGAAAAGCCAUACAUAUGUCAGGAAUGUAACAUGCGCUUCCGACGCCUGCACGAUUUGAAGCGUCAUAGCAAACUACACACGGGCGAGAAACCCCACAUAUGUCCCAAGUGUGAUCGGAAGUUUGCCCGGGGCGACGCGCUUGCUCGGCAUAGCAAGGGUGCGGGUGGUUGUGCGGGCCGUCGGUCUAGUAUGGGCAGUUUCGACCAGACCGACGACUUGGACGGGCCGAGUAUGCAUGAUGGCGAUGAUUCAAUGGCUGGCAUCGUGUACGCCAACGAAGAAGACUUGACGGAAGAAGAGAGGCGUCUAAGCCUGCCGAGCAUCAAAGCGCAACACAUUGCAGGUGGGCCGGGCAGCAUUGAUGGAUACAACGCUCAUUCGCGUACAUACCCACCAGCAGGUCCACGACCCGGAACCGGCGGGCUCUACCCGCCCAACGUUGACCGCGGUACAGCAAGUUCAACCACGUCUCCAAGCAUGCCCAACAGCAUUGCUGGUGCUCACACACCGAAUACGAGCGUGUCUUCGGUGCCCCAGCACCAAUAUGGCCGCAGGCCUUCCGAUAGGAAUACUUCACCAACUUUUGCUGCUCCUGCAUCACAGGCCGGCGCUGCUCCGACAGGGGCUGGCCACGCUCGUGGUUCCAGCGGAACGCAGCCCGGAAGUGGGGCCGAGAAUGGCGGCAACAUGUUCGCUACGGACCCGGGCGUCUGGGCGUACAUCCAGAGCCUCGAAGACAAGGUCAAACAGCUGUCAGAUAAGGUCACAGCUUUUGAGAAGGCAGAGAGCGCGAAGCAGGCUCAGAUCGGACUGCUCACGAGCGAAGUCACGGGACUCAAGAAACAACUAGAGGCUCGCGGUGACGAAGCGACGGAGAUCAAAGUAUAAUGCAGCACACGCAGGUACAAACGACGGCAUGUUCUCAGCCGUCGGCGCAACCUAUCACCUAUGUAACAACGACGGAAUGUUUCUGGUGGGGAGCGGGCAAGAGGAUACCUCAUGCGGCGGUAGCAGGAGGACAAAUUGGCGUUUUUCAUUCAUUGUCGGCGUCUUGAUUUCUCAUCUCUCGUUUAUCACACCAAUGUUUCUGCCUCUCUGACCCAUCAGUUAGCAGGACGACCCGUUCGUCCCGGGGGAAGGCGUUUUAUUCAGGGCACUGGUAGAUGUGCACGGUGGACCUCGAUAUGAAAAAAAAGUUUUGAGUUGGUC